AUGCAAUUGCCGCCAGCUCAAGUGCUGGCCGAUUGGCCGAUACCAAACUACGUAAAUCCUCCAACUCAAGGAUUACCUCUCGUCAUCGUCAAUGUCAUCUUUAUGGCACUAAUAAGCCUGGCCGUGCCACUACGUCUCUAUGGACGAUACACAAACAAAGGACGAUUAGGAUGGGACGACUUUAAUAUGGCAAUUGCAUAUGUAUUACCAAUCCAGUCUGAUAUUCUGAUACACUGGCUGACAUAUAGAUCUAGGGUUUUNGCCAUGGCCCUAGGUAUCGUCGUCAUCCUCGCCAAUGUCCGCUACCAGUGGAAUCGCCAUCUGUGGGACGUCGAGUUCACAAUGUUCCAACCCGCAUCUAUCGUAGCACUCGCCUCGAAGCUGCUGUUUACACUUGCCGGCUCAUUCGCGCGCGCUUCACUCAUCUGUUUCUAUUUCCGCCUCUUGAAAGACACCGGAUACAGUAUCUUCAGAUACAUCCUCUGGGCAGCAUUUGUUUACAACAUCGCCAUUGGCAUUGCCUUCGUCAUUCUUGCAGUCUUCCUUUGCUCUCGAGGCUUACUGGACUUGACGGUCACCCUGUUGCCAGUGCCUAUCAUCAUGGGACUCAACAUGCCCUUCAAACAACGAUUAGGAGUAGCAGGGUUGUUAUCCCUGGGCUUGAUUGUCACCAUCGCCGGUAUUAUUCGCACCUACUACAUCUGGAGAACGCUGCUGGGCACCUACGACGAAACCUGGGACUCAAUGCCUCUAUACAUUUGCGCAACAGUGGAGAUUGACCUGGCUAUCCUGUGCGGAUGCGCGCCUUCGCUCAAACCUCUUUUUGCUCCGAUGAUGGCUCAUGUCAGUGAAAUGAUCAGCACCGUAACUGGAAGUGGUAGCGGCUCGUCUCGCGGCACGAAAAUCCACGACACCACCAUUACCCGUUCUACCGUUAUUUCGCAGCACCACCGCAAGAAGUCCACACGAGAUGUGGAAUCCGACAAGAUACCAAUGCACACCAUUGUCGAUAGUCGCGUGAGCGACGACAGCAACGAGUCAAGUGAUCACUAUCACGCCGUGAUCAUGCCUGCAUCGCACUCUGCUGCUUCGUCGCGGCCCCAACGCUCUGCCUCAGGCGCAUCGAGUCAACGAAACAUGCUCCCACUUCGCGAUGGCAGUGCGAUGUCAAACUGGGACAGUCGAGCGGAGAGCGAGAGCGAAGACCACGUCCCAGAAAUUCAAGUGCUUCCACGUAGACUUGGCACUGAGCCUGAUAUCGAAAUGGGUAACUAUAACACAGACUGGCGCGUAAGCAAAGGCGUCAAAGCUGGUUGGAUCUGA